AAUUUUUUUUUUCUUUAUUCGGCUCACCGUCGUGUCUAGUAUACGUAUUGCAUUCCGACUCGACCGCGACACGUACCCUAACGCGCGCCGUUGAUGCCGUCGCCGUCGUCUCCGGGUCGACACGAUUCGUUAUCGCAUUUAAUAAUAAAUUGUUGUUCGACGAUUUGCACCUCAACAACACGGACGGUACGGCGGACGUCGGUGAUAAACGCGAUGCACGACGAAACAAAAAUAUUAUAUUACACGGCAGCGACGGGCGACCGACGAGAAUACCUAUUGUGGUGAUAAGUGGCGUAGACAUAACAUCGUAUUAUUAUUGCUUUGACGUUUUUUUAACACGUCUCCCAAGUCUUCGUUAACUACGUCACAUAUAACUUUUUCACCAAAAAAAUCUGUGCCACCGCCACUGCAGUCAUGUCGUCGCCAAUUGUGCACUCGAAGAAUACGGAUACGCGUCGUCGUACACCUGAACUGUCUACCGCAAGAUGCACCGCAACGAUCGUCUACUAUAAAUAAUGGAUUCGUAUCGGUUCCGGCGGCUUUCUUGAGUGUUGUGAUGUGUGACAGAUAGCAACAAUGGCGGUGGGCACGUACUACUGAAGCCCACCCCCACCACAACCUGGAGCCCUUAACCCAGGCAUCGCUGGUGCUCACCAUGGCGGUCGCCAUCAUCCUCCUUAAUAUCCUCAUAAUCGCUACGUUCACCAACAUAAGAGGUGGAGGAGAGGUGAUGAAUGUAUACUUGGUGUCACUGGCUCUGGCCGACCUGCUCUACGGUGUGCUCGUAGUGCCAUUUUCCGUGUAUCCAGCACUAGUGCAACAAUGGGUUUAUGGAAAAAUUGCUUGUAGAAUAAUCGGAUACAUCGAAGUCGCACUAUGGACCGUGUCUGCAUAUACACUCAUGUGGAUUAGUGUUGACAGGUAUAUAGCGGUACGCAAACCAGUCCGAUACUUUACGGUGCAGACGCGCACCAGGUGUCAGUGCUGGAUGGCGUUUACGUGGAUAUCGUCGGCGAUGCUGUGCAGUCCACCGCUGCUCGAGUUCGGUGAUCCGGUAUUCGACCAGGACACGGCAGUGUGCAUGCUCGACUGGCAGGGCAUGGCGGCGUAUUCGGUGACGCUGUCCAUACUGGUGUUGGGGCCUAGUCUGAUCACUAUUCUGUACACGUAUGUGUAUAUUUACGGUGCGAUCAGACGGCUGCGGCGUGGCUUUCUAGCACACGAUAAGGAGUACGUAACAGCGUUGUCUGAAAACUUGUCCAAUCCUACACACGUCACGUCAUUCGUGUUGAUCGUAACGUUUUGGAUUUGUUGGACCCCAUUGAUGUCCAUCAAAGCAUACCAGCAACUGGGCGGUGUACCGGCGGUGCCUGGUCAUGUCCGUUUCGCCGCCUUGUGGCUGGGCAUUUCCAACUCGGUGUGGAAGGCGUUUGUGCUCAUAUUUCUUAGCCCGCAGUUCCGUGUCAUGCUCAGAUUGUUGUGUUUGACGGUAUUUUGCAAACGGAAAAGUCGCGCUGAACUUGAGCUACUACAACUCGACAUGGAAGAUCACUUCCUUUAAGUUAAGUAUUAUGGUGAUGUUUUUUUUUUUUAAUAAUCAUUAUUGUUGAACUUUGUUUUUGUUAUUAAUCGAAUGUUCUUCCCGAGAACAAUCAUUCGUCCAUUUGUUUACGUUUUAUUCAGAUAAAAAAAAAAAAUUGUUUCAAACGAAAUCUAAUUUAUUAAAAUUGUCGUUGGUUGUAUACCCCCGAACUCAUGGAUUCAUCCAUGGACUAGGAGAAUUUUUAAUAAUUUUAGUGUGCCGAUAGAGCCAGUAUAAUCAUACAUGUCAUACUAAAUGGUGUUUUUCGGAACAUUGUAGAAAAAAUUAUUUUUUAUAGACUGUUUUUAAAUUAUUAACAAUUGUUUUGGAACAACUUGUAAAUUAGUAGAUCAAUAAAUCACGUAUGAAUAUAUAUUUUACGGGCAAAUAAAAUUGGUAUGUAUAAUAUACGUCAAAAGAAAGAGUUGGGCAACAAUUUAAAGAAAAAUAACGUUUCCUUCUUAAAACUUCAACAAAAUACAAAUCAUAUUAAAUUACAGGGCUUCCAGUCAAUAAUCUAAUACAUAUAUAAGUUAUCAAAUUUAAUCAGUUAAAUGGAGAUUAAUCAUUUUCGAUAUUGAAUUAUUUGUUUUUAUCACAAAAUAAUAUUAAAUAGGUACUUUUAUUUUUACGCCCAACUCUGAAAUCAUGGUACGACUUUUUAUCGUGGUUUUAAUUACCACUCCAUAAAAAUAUGCCUACAAUUUUUAAAUCGCACUGAUUCGUUUUGUUGAGAUUUAAGAUGUAUGAAUAUAUAGGUGUAGUCUAAAUAAUAUGUAAACAAACGAAAUGCGUAUUUUAACAAUAAUCACUUUUGGAAUUAUAUUUUAAUACGAGUUGUUUGUUCCUAUUGUAGUGUUAUUAUUAUUAUUAUUAUUAUUAUUAUUAUUAUUAUCAUUAUAAUAAUUAUUAUUUUUACUAUAAUGACUUGAGCCUGCCACAUUUUUAAUAAAUCGUUCAAUUUAAUAUAUUAAUCGCACCGAAUGAAAAAUAAGCAAUCGUAAUAGUUAGAAUCAUUCUCUAAGUUUUAGUAAUAUGCCAAGUAUCAAUAUUCGAUUGGGAAAAUAUAAUUUUUGAAAAACACCAAUUAAUAAUCAUUUUAUGUCCAUCUAUCGUAAAUAUAUGAUAAACCCAUACUUCUAUGUACUUAUAUUUAUGAUAUAAUUAAAUAUCAAUACAAUUU